GUCGACUUAUUUAAAGGAGACCACGAUUUCGCUUCAUUCACACCAAAACUUGUCGGAGAGAAACAAAUAGUUAAUAAUACAAAUAAGACAAUCAUUGAAUUCAAUGUAAGCCAAUCAAAAAGUUUGGGUUCAAGUAUUCAUACGAGUAAUCAGACUAUACCUCAAAUAAGUUUAUGGAGUUUUGAAAUCAAAAGCAAAUCUUUUUUAUACAAUCAGGUUAGACGAAUGAUAGGUUGUAUUAUAGAUGUGGGACUCAAUCGAUUCAAAUACAAUCACAUCGAAUGGCUUCUCAAUAACCCGAGCCCUAAGAACUGGAAGUUUAGCCAAACAGUAGCGCCGGCCAAUGACGUGCAAUUGUGUGACGAUUUGGGCGAUAAAACCAAUGAGUUUGGUAAUGGUAAAAGAGCUUUUGGUUUUGGCAUACGAGCGCUUUUAAGAGCCCGAGAGCCGCACUUCACUGACAGCCGAUUAAAGGGUUGUACAGAAGUAUGCACUGAAGUGCACAUCACUUUGGGUUCGCAUCCCUGA